GCUGGCUGGACGGAUGGACGGAUGGACACAUCCUCCCAAGCCUUCCAUGUGAACUCCAGUCAGAACAACUGACUUCAUCCUUGUGAUGCUCAGUCACACACACACACAUCAACACCCGCCCCCCACCAGCACAGACUGCACCUCCUCAACUCUGCAGUGACGCGCAGAGGAAGAAAGGAGGCUGCAGUUAGACGAACGCCUCCUUUCCUUUCCCCCCCACAUUCUGCUCUCUUUCAAUUCGCUCUUCCCUCUUUGGUCCAUUUCAUCAAGAGUAAGAAGAUCUCCCCCUCCCUCCCAACUCCCCAUCCUCCUUCACCACCAUCUUUGAGAUAAAACGCUGGCGCUGGGGCUCCGGCAGCAGCAGAGGCAGAGGCUGGCGCUGCGCUGAUGCGCUGCAGUUGCGCUGGCACAGAUUCAACGUGGGUGCGCGCAGUGAGGGGGAGAGAGAGGGAGAGACGCCGCAUCUUGUGGAUUUCUUGCCCCGUGUUCAUGCUUCUCCUCGCUCUUCCUCAGCCGGAUCCACAGAAGGAGUUGAUUUCUCGCUGACAAAAUGUGGAUUCGUAUAGUUGCGACAAUCUUCGCAGUCUGGAACCUCUCCGGGGACUCGCAGGCAGGCUUUCCCAACCAAAUCAACAUUGGUGGACUGUUCAUGCGCUCCACAGUGCAGGAGCACAGCGCCUUCAGGUUUGCUGUUCAGCUCUACAACACCAACCAAAAUGUGACGGAGAAACCCUUUCAUCUCAACUACAAUGUGGACAACCUGGAGUCCUCCAACAGUUUCUCUGUCACUCAUGCCUUCUGCUCCCAGUUCUCCCGAGGAGUUUACGCCAUCUUCGGAUUCUAUGACCGGAAGUCCAUGAACACGUUGACCUCCUUCUGCGGGGCUCUGCACACCUCCUUCAUCACGCCCAGCUUCCCCAUCGACACAGACGUGCAGUUUGUCAUCCAGAUGAGACCCAGUUUGAGAGGAGCAGUUCUCAGCCUGCUGGACCAUUACAAGUGGGAAAAGUUUGUCUAUCUGUAUGACACUGAUAGAGGUUUCGCCAUCCUCCAAGCCAUAAUGGAGUCAGCUGUGGCCAAUAACUGGCAGGUGACGGCUCGCUCUGUGGGAAGUAUUGUGGACCCCACAGAGUACAGGCGCAUCAUCGAGGAGAUGGACCGCCGGCAGGAGAAGCGCUUUCUCAUCGACUGUGAGGUGGAGAGGAUCAACUUGAUCCUCCAGGAGGUGGUGACCUCAGGAAAGAACAGCAGAGGAUACCACUACAUCCUCGCCAACCUGGGUUUUUCAAACGUGAGCCUGGACAGGGUUUUUUCUGGUGGGGCCAACAUCACAGGAUUCCAGAUCAUCAACCCAGACAGCACUGUCGUCCAGCAGUUCCUCCAGCGCUGGGAACGCUUGGAUGAAAGAGAAUUUCCAGAAGCCAAAAACACUCCGCUGAAGUACACAUCAGCCUUGACUCACGAUGCCAUUCUCGUGAUUGCUGAGGCCUUCCGGUAUCUUCGACGACAGAGAGUAGAUGUUUCUCGCAGGGGGAGCGCUGGUGACUGUCUCGCGAACCCAGCUGUGCCCUGGAGCCAAGGCAUUGAUAUAGAAAGAGCCCUCAAAAUGGUCCAAGUACAAGGUAUGACAGGAAACAUCCAGUUUGACACAUUUGGGAGACGUGCUAAUUACAGCAUUGAUGUGUAUGAAAUGAAACCUGCAGGUCCCAGGAGGAUCGGCUACUGGAAUGAGUACGAAAAAUUUGUAUAUAUAAUGGAUCAGCAGGUCACCAACGAGUCCUCUUCUGUGGAAAACCGAACAAUUGUGGUCACUACUAUUAUGGAAGCUCCAUAUGUGAUGUACAAGAAAAACUUUAUGCAGCUGGAGGGGAAUGACAGAUAUGAAGGCUACUGUGUCGAUUUAGCUUCUGAAAUUGCAAAGCAUGUCGGGAUAAGAUAUAAGCUGUCCGUAGUGCCGGAUGGGAAAUACGGAGCCAGAGAUCCGGAAACCAAAACCUGGAACGGGAUGGUGGGUGAACUGGUUUACGGGAGAGCUGACAUAGCUGUGGCUCCACUUACCAUAACACUGGUACGAGAAGAGGUGAUAGACUUCUCAAAACCCUUCAUGAGCUUGGGCAUCUCCAUUAUGAUAAAGAAACCUCAGAAGUCCAAACCAGGGGUGUUUUCUUUCCUGGACCCACUGGCCUAUGAGAUUUGGAUGUGUAUAGUUUUCGCCUAUAUCGGUGUGAGCGUGGUACUCUUCCUGGUGAGCCGUUUCAGCCCUUAUGAGUGGCAUCUGGACGAGAACGAUGAGGCCAAAGACCCUCAGAGCCCCCCUGACCCUCCAAACGACUUUGGGAUUUUUAAUAGCCUGUGGUUCUCCCUGGGUGCCUUCAUGCAGCAAGGAUGCGAUAUUUCACCAAGGUCUCUGUCUGGUCGUAUUGUUGGGGGCGUGUGGUGGUUCUUCACCCUCAUCAUCAUCUCCUCCUAUACGGCAAACCUGGCUGCCUUCCUCACCGUGGAGAGGAUGGUCUCACCCAUAGAGGGUGCUGAGGAUCUGGCCAAGCAGACAGAGAUCGCUUAUGGCACGUUAGACUCAGGCUCCACCAAGGAGUUCUUUAGGCGCUCCAAAAUAGCUGUUUAUGAGAAAAUGUGGUCAUACAUGAAAUCCGCCGAACCCUCAGUGUUUGUCAAGACAACACCAGACGGGGUUUCCCGGGUGCGAAAGUCCAAGGGCAAGUUUGCCUUUCUCCUGGAAUCCACCAUGAACGAGUAUAUAGAGCAGCGGAAGCCGUGCGACACCAUGAAAGUGGGCGGCAACCUGGAUUCAAAAGGCUACGGCGUGGCCACGCCCAAAGGCUCUGCAUUAGGAACUCCUGUAAACCUUGCAGUAUUGAAACUCAGUGAACAAGGCAUCUUAGACAAGCUGAAAAACAAAUGGUGGUACGAUAAGGGUGAAUGUGGAACCAAGGACUCUGGAAGUAAGGACAAGACAAGUGCACUAAGCCUGAGCAACGUGGCAGGAGUCUUCUAUAUUCUAGUUGGAGGCCUUGGCUUGGCUAUGACCGUGGCUUUGAUAGAAUUCUGCUAUAAGUCACGGCAAGAAACUAAAAGACUCAAGCUGGCAAAGAAUGCCCAAAACUUUAAGCCAGCCCCUCCUGCAAACGCCCAGAACUUUGCCACGUACCGUGAAGGCUACAAUGUGUACGGGACAGAGAGUGUUAAGAUCUAAAAGAGGUGGUACAUGAAUCCCCCUGGUGGAUGGAAACAGCACUCAGUGUGAUCCCAAAAUCCCUCUGUGGACGCCCUCGGGGACGAGGGCGCCCUGUCCUCAGCUUGGACAAAAGCCUACAAGUCAACAAGUGCUCAUUGUGGGUUUUUCAGACCUGUCACACUAACAGAGAGCAAAGACACAGCAGGACUUGUGCGCCUGAAAGGAUUUGCCUCUUGUAGUGCCUUAUGGAGCAUUUCAUGGCAAUGCAAUUAAGACUAAAUUAACUUGAAAACAACAGAAAAAAAAAUCAAAGACUGAGAGAAUUGAGAUGAACUGAUGGAACGGUUGUUUUAUAUUUCUAAAGGAAGACAAAAAAAGCCAUGGUUUUCAAGCAAAACCUUGACAAAGUCAUGCGAGUCGUUUAAAUACAUAUUUUUGUGGUGAGACUUGGAGCUGGAUAAAUGUUAUAUUAAGUCAAGUAAUUUUCUUGUUUUAUUCUAAGGUUUUUCUUCUGGAUAUUUAGGACAAGCCUCACUCAGCCUGUAAGGUUAAACUGUUGAGAAAAACUCCCAAAAUACAACUUCUGAUUAUCCACUGCUUUUUAAUACCAGUUUAUUCCAACUGCCAUCAUUUCAAAUGUUUAGGGGGAAAAAAGGCCCACUUUGUAUCAUUUAGUCCCAUGUUUGUAAAAUCUCAGUGACAGAAAAAAAGGCCCCUUUUCAUAGAAUAGACUAUUCCAAUGUUAAGCCGAGCUCAUGGUUUCUCCUGUGUUCUGAUUUGAGUGCUGUUCUGCAGCUGCAAUUCUUUUCUUGGUGACACUUCAUAGCUUCUUGGGUUGUGAUAAGCUUUCUUUGCCUAUGCAUUCUACCGAAGAGGAGCUGUACAGCGAGGAAGACGGCAGCAAACGCAACAAAAAGCGAACUUUUGUUUCCAUGACACACAGGACGAAGCUAAACGCCGCCGACCACGCGAGCCUACAUCUGUUCCAUCCUUCCUGCCAUCAGCAUAAAGUGCAUGUGAAUUUGGUGACCAUUAAACGAGCUGCAACUCCAAAUGGAUCCUGGUUUAAUUGACUUACAAUGACGAGUUUUGGGUCCGGUUUGUCUUUGUAACGACUCCUUAACCAGGUUGCAUGUGUGGAAUCAAGAAACCUCUGGAGAGGUCAUGUACAAAGUUUUAUUACAUUUCCUUAAUAAAAAGCAAGUUUAUAUUA